UAGAUACAUAUGAAGCCUAGUCAAAAGUCAAAGCAUAUGUAGAGUGGCUAUAAAUAAAAGAUUUGACUGUAAUUAACCAUCUAAUUCCCGGCCUCUAAAAUUGGAAAGGGAAUAAAAAGGAAACAUUCAUUCAGGAAUGUCUAUAAAUAAAAAAAAAAAAAAUUUAUUUGAUUGGGCCUAGAAUGUCUAAAUAUAAAAAAAAAAAGAAAGAAGAGAUUUAGCUGCAAUUAAGGAACGAUUAACCUCUUAAUUCCCAGGCCUAUAAAAUAGGAAAUAAAGAAGAAGCAUUUAUUAAAAACAAUCAAUAUAAAUAAGGCAACCCUCAAGUCACUUUCAUCUCUCUGCGUCUCUCUUUCUCUCUCUUUCUGUAUUUUUUUUUCUGUGUUCUAGGCUGAGAUUUCUUGGUUUCUCGAUCUCUAAAAUUCAGUAACACGAAAAUGACCUAUUUAUCAUCUCGUCUUAUUUGUGUAGAUUUUAUUAUAGUAUAUAGUUUGAAAAACAAAAUAAAGUACUUUUUGUCUCAUCUGUUUGAGAGAAUGGCCUUGGCCUUGGCCUUGGCCUUGGCCUUGGCCUUGGCCUUGGCCUUGGAGGGGAAGGAAUGCGCUGCCAUUGGUUGGAAAAUGAAAUUCACACCCAAAAUAAAUAUAUAUCUCUCUCUCGUAUAAAACCCUCCCACACUUGCAAAAGCAAGAAACCCUAAGAUCUUCCUCCUCUCGCUCAUCUCCGACUCCAAACCGUACAAUCUCAUCUCGCCUCUCAGCUUUUCUUGCUUGCGAUCAUGGAAGGAAGUGCGACUCCGAUCGUGGAACCAGAAUCCAAGUUUGGCUCGAACGUGGAAGGAACUGAGACUCCGAUUGUGGAAGCAGAGUCCAAGUUUGGCUCGACCGUGGAAGGUAGCGAGACUCCGGCUGUGGAACCAGAGCCCAAGGAUGGCUCGACCGUGGAAGCAAGUGAGAAUGAUAAUCCGAUUGUGGAAGCAGCGUCCAAGGUUGUCUCCACUGUGGAAGGAGUAGAUGCAACACGUAUAGCGGAAGGAGGAGAUGACUCGACUCCAAUAUCCAAGUUUCUAUUGAUCAUCAGAGCAAUAGGAGAUUACGACUUUUCCAAUGUGUCCCUGAGCUCUCCUUCAAUACCAAGGCUGCCAGCUCCUUAUCUCGUUUUUAUGGAGGAAUUCCUUAAACCCUAUGCCAAGGCGAGACGCACCAAGGACAGAACUUUAGUUGCUGCUUUAACUGCUUGUGGGAAAAAGUGGACCUUCAUGUCCAAGACUGACCAGGAACCUUUCCGUCUUGAGUCUGCUAAACGUAUGGAUGUGUACCAGAAGCACAGGGCAGUCUUCGACCGCCUUUUCUAUCCCAUGCAGCCUCCUUCUGAUGGUGAAUUUGAUGACGAGCCUGGUCAGCAAAUUAUGUCUCCAUUCGGCAUUUUCGUUGAAUACGAGGUCUUCCUCGCCGGCACGCGUCUCACAAGCUUUAAUGGUUCAUUUGGAAAAUGGAAUUCCAUGUCAGCUGAGGAUAAGGCUCCCUUUGUUACCUUGUCUAACGACCGAAUGAGGGUGCAUCAGUUGGUGUCCAUUGCGUUCUUUGCGCAUUUACUUGACAAAUACCGUGAUGUGAAUUACCAUGAAUCAUCUUCUGAUGGUUCCUCUGAAGAAACCGAGUAUUUUCGCCCAACAAAUGGGCUUCUAGUUUAUCUGGAGGAGUUUCUGAGUGAGUACGAGAAGGAUAAAAAAGUACUCAAAAAGAGCAGCACGCUCGUUUUUGAAGAGCUAGUCCAAGAAUGGGACAUGAUGACUGAAGAGCAGCGCUGUCCUUAUCACGACAAGGCUAAGAAGUUAAUGAACAUGUAUGAUCACACAGUCUUCGCAACUUGCGUUAGGAUUUCCAGAAGCAGGCUUCGCAACUUGCGUUAGGAUUUCCAGAAGCAGAUGAGCUAUCAACUGUGAGAUAAGUAAGCAAAGAGACUAAUCAAAAGUCUAGUUUGGGAUUAUAAUGAUGCUCAGCUUGAAUUUCUUAGUAAUGCAUUCUUAGAAAAUUCUGUUACCUAAGACGUUUGCGUAGCACAGGAUCUUAAGAUGUUUUCUAUGACUUUUGACCAUUCGGUCUAUAGUAAAAAUACAUAUGGACAAAGUAUUACUCUUUGACCA